AUGUCUUCCUCCGAAUUACGCUCGUCUGAAGAUCAGGAACCAUCGCCCACAGAGAGUUUUAUAUCAUUACAAGAAACUGAACCACCGAAAGCCCCUCAAAUUUCACGACUCCCGACAGAAGACAUAACUGAUCAUUCAUCUGGGCUUUUUACUCCCAGUAGUAAUGCAACAAGUUCGGCACACCGCAGACCCAGAUCUAGGUUUCUGGAACGCCGUGACUUGGAGCUCAUGGCCGAGGAGAUGGAAAAGGCGUAUGGCCCCGGAAUCAUCUUCGAAUCGCAGACCAGUCCUCCGAGCGAUAAAACGCCACCUGAUCCCUUUGAGCCGACAUUUCCAGCACCCAGGAAACUUCUAGUAGACUCUGUGGAAGACUCACUCCUUGGGAUUGGUGAUGUGUUCGGCUCCAUGGCUCACCGGAACAGGAAAAGGCCACUGAAAUUAGAAUCAACGACCAUGGAGUCUUCAGUAUCACUACUGGACGAUUUAGCCAACAGCCCCCCUUGGCAGCUCCCUCCGUUGGAAACUGGUCGUGACAUGCUCCAAGAGGAGCUUGAUGAUAUACUAGCGCGUUGUCGACGCAGUGGGGGACCCAAACAAGGCGAGCUUGCUGGGACUGAAAGUAUUUCUCUUCGCACUCUGCCUUCGCGUAAGGGUCCACGCCAACAUGCUUCAGGAGGCGACAGCAAAGCAGGCUUUUCAGGUGGUCAAGGCCGGGCAUACCCACCACAAGACGAAGACGAAGAUCAGUCAUGCGAGCCAGGUCCAUCAGGUACCCGACGCCAGCCUCCACCAUCAGGCGGAGACGAAUUAGACCUGCCAGAUGACAAAACCCGGCGAAAUUCACCAAAAAUCAAAGAGAAAGCAGACCAGCCCGACGAAGAAAGUCAAAAAAACCUCCUAACGGACGGAGAGAAGGUAUCAGUUGAAGAAAAGCGGCCAGAAUCGCUUGCGGCCAAAGAGGAAGUCGAUAAACCAAAAGCAGAAUGCCAGACAAGUCCACGAACGGAUGAAGAUGAAAUCACUCCUGUCCCUCCUUCGGCUACUACUUCCUCCGACCCCAAAAUCUCUGACAUACCCUCUAAUAAGCCCUUUGACAAAACCUUUGACGAAAUUUUCGACCAGAAUCCCCCUCCCCGCCCUGUGACCCGACGUGGAUUCCGUGGGGCUAUGAGAGAUUGGCGCGACGAUCUCAGACAGCACCGCCGGGUAGUUACUCGGUUCUUUCAUAAAAGGCAGCCCGACGACUCGUCUGGUUCUGGGGGAAAACCACCUAAAUUUAGGAAGAAAGGGAAAGAGGAUGAUAGCAAGGGUUCAGGAGCCGCAGCAUGA